CGCCGCCGGCGGUGGGAGGAGCUGCUGGGUCCCGGGCUGCGCAGGCGCGGCGCUGGGCGGGGUCCACGGCGGCCGGCGGUUUGAACGGGCGGCGGCGGCGGAGGAGGAGACGGAAACAGAGACACGGAGACUUGUGGCCACGGCGGCCCCUCAGGUAAAGCGGGAUGGAAGCUAUUUUGAUUAGACUUCGGCAACUUACGCCUGCUGAGCUCAGACAAGAAAUCCUUGGAGCAGGGUUGAACUGUGGACCCCCCGUAACUUCAACAACCCGUCUUAUUUUUGAGAAGCGAUUAGCUCAGGCUUUAUUGGAAAGUCAGGGAGGAGGGGCAGCAGCAGAUAGCCUGCCUGAGCUGACCGCCAGCUCUGUCAAACCUGAAGACGACUCUGCUUUGUUCAGCUAUCCCACAAGCUGCAGUUCCGUAACGUGUUUGGCUGCUUCCUAUUCACCCAGUGAUACACAUGCCGGCAACAAUGACUGUCACGGACAUGAUGUGGGAGUGAACCUUCCAGACUCGCCGCAAACCGUGGAUGUGAGUGGUUUACAGAAUAACACUGAAUUGACUUCAGAAAGAUCAGCUGCCUCUCCUUUAGUUUAUUAUGGAGUUUGUCCGAUCUGGGAUGACAUUUUGUCCAGAAAUGAUAAAGUCCAUGUAUAUUUGGAUAAGAAGGAAGCUCUUCAAGCUGUGAAGACGAUGAAAGGCUCACGGUUCAAAGCUUUUACAAACAAAGAAGAUGCGGAGAAGUUUGCCAAAGGUAUUUGUGACUACUACCCUUCGCCAACCAAACCUUCUGCCUAUGUAUCUGCACUAACGGGCAGUGUGAUCCAUAAUAGAGAUUGCCUGAAUUCUCUGGAACUGGAAGCCACCAACAGGGAGCGAGCCAACAGUUACAAAAGUCCACGCUCUCAGGACUUAACAUCAAAGCUGCGGAAAGCUGUUGAAAAAGGAGACAAGGCUGCCUUUCUUGAACUUGUGUGGAGUAAUCCGCGUUACCUCAUUGGUUCUGGAGACAACCCGACAGUUUUGCAGGAAGGAUGUCGCUACAAUGCCAUGCACGUCGCUGCCAAAGAGAAUCAGCCGCAAAUCUGUCAGUUUCUACUGGAGACAUUGGAAAGUCGUGAAUUCAUGCUGCUGAUGUAUCCCGAUGAUGAUGAAGUUAUGCUGCAAAAACGCAUCAAAUACAUAGUUGACCUUUAUCUCAACACUCCUGAUAAACGGGGCUUUGACACUCCACUGCACUUUGCCUGUAAGUUUGGACAUGCCGAGGUAGUUAACAUCUUAUGCUCCCAUCCCGAUAUCUGCAAAGUUUCGAAGAACGUCUACGGGUCUACUCCUAUGGAGGUUAUUUGUGAACGGAAUAAAGCUGAAUCUGACGAAGUAAGGGGAAAAAUCAGAGAAUAUUUACAAGAUCGAUGUUAUGUGCCAUUGCUGAGAGACAUUGACAACUCAUCCCCACCCAUCAUCGCUCCUCCCUGGUCACCUGAUGCAUCCGAUAGGCUUCUCUGUUCGUCGUUUCACAAACACUCUGGCAAUCCUAAAGAUCCAGUUAUGGCAGUCAAGGCAUUUGCAGGACCCAUGUCUCCUUGCAAGGCGAGUGAAUUUCGGCGCGUGUGGAAAACUCCGUCCCGAGAGAGUGCAAGCCAGUUUAAAAAGACCGAUGCAGAUCGAGGCUACGAGCGAGUGGGACGGGACUUAGCUCAUGAACUGGGGCAUCCAUGGGCUGAAUACUGGGAAUUUCUUGGCUGUUUUAUUGAUCUGGCAGCACCAGAAGGAAUCAGAAAAGUUGAAGAAUAUCUGAGCAAAAAAGAAUUGAGUAAAAACUCUGAACAGGAAGGAGACAUCUACAUCUGUAAUAGAUUCAAGAGUCCCCCACCAAGUGGUAAAAACAGUAAAUACAACAACUCUGUCUCCGUUGGUGCUUUUCUGGAUAGUUUUGAAGAAAUAAAAAACAGACAAAAUGCCGCAUUGAAGGUCAGCAAGUCCGCCAUUCUCCCCGGCAGCGGCUUUGGGGCCAUUGAAGAAAACGGGUGCCAUAUACUCCCCGUGCCUCGCCCCCUGGACAUCAUCGACUCUGUGGCCAAUCUCAGUCGCCCCGACAAAGAGAUCUUGCCAAACCUCAACGGAGUUUGUUCGCCUGUCGACGAGAAGCCAGUCGGGCGAUGUCCUUGCUCGGUCACCAUCCCUGGCUCGGCAUCUGAUCUCUUUCCUAUUUCUAAUCUCAUGGCUGAGUUUGAAAAACUUUCCCUGCUGGAUGACAAGGAGAGACAUUUGCUUUCUGACCCGCUCAUCCAACCUCCAGAGGAGCAUGAGAUUGAAGUAACGGCGGCACUAUUGGAGAAUAAGACUUUGGAUUUGAUAGCUCAUGGCAGAUUUGAUAGCUCUGGGUGUAAGCAGGGUGCAGCUGAACAAAUGAACGCUGAGAGCAGUGGGCUGCCUGAGACAGGAUUGAACAAGGAGGCCGCAGCGGGUGGUGCUGAUGAAAUCACUCACUCACUGUCAUUGUGCACGUCUAAGAUAGCGACUUUACAGCUGGAAACCGAGGGCUGUGCAGAGCACGGCAGCUUGUCCUGUAGUACAGAGCAAUCUGAUGCCACCACACGGGACGUUUCAACACACAAAUCCAAUACCGCUCAAACCCAACUAAAGCCACGGCUCAACGUGCAAUGGGACAACGUCAGCAGAUCAUCAGAGGACAGACAGCUUCUGCCGCCAAAGCAAACUCCGGGGCACGUCAGGAAAGGAGAUGCCAAGGGCAUCUAUCUGGUUGGAGAUGGACCGACUAAGCUUGACUGUGACGUCCUGGCUGCUCUGGGCAGCGCUGAUGUUGACCCCCAGCGGUUCCCAUGUGUCCACCAAUGGAGGAACAGAGUGAUGUCUUACUCCACCUCAGACAUGCAGAGUUGGCCGAGCCCAGCUCUGUUCAAAGGGAAACGGAGGGUGCAGCCGCACACCCCGAGCUCCCCCUGCAGCCCCGGCACCUCCAUCCUCAGGAGACCUGGUUCACCGUGCUGCAGCACUGCAAUGUUUGGGAGCUCGCCCUACUCUGAGUUCGGAAACCCAGGUCGCUACAGUCCAGCAUAUGCAAGCCAUGUCCAAGUGCAGCACCUUCUGCACUUCAUUGAACCCACCGAGUUCUAACACUUAGGGUUGUGAUGCCAUUACUUUGCCCCACUUUAGAGGGGGAAUUAAUUUUAUAUUUAAGAUCAAUUGUAGUUUCCUAAAUAUGUCUACUCCGUACAAUGGAUGCUGUGUGCUGUUUGAUUCUGUUGGUGUGAAUAAGUUUUCAUCGUAUUUCUUUACUGCUUAUUAGAAUUUCUCAACUUCCUCAGUAAUCAAUGUUGGCGCUGAUUUCUCUUGCUUUUCGUUCAUCCAGAUAUUUGUAUAUUUUAACUUUUUAAACUUCACUUCAAUAAAAUGUUGUCUCUUAUUUAGACUUUCCAUUAAAAAAAGUCCAGACUGGGGGAUGGUGGGAGGUUUGGGGUAUAGUAGAGAACUUUGUAGUCAGAGCACCGCUAUAGAUGACAAAUGAACCUUGUCCUACACAGCACCAGACUGAUGCAGUCAGUAAUAUUUUAUCAUAAUUUCUGUGAAAUUCCUGUAAAAGUCCAUUGAUCUGGGGACAGCUUAAAAGAGGAUUUGUUCGUUAAUAACACCGCUAUUAUUGGUGAGAAAUAUGUUUGAGGAUUGUUGAUAUUAAAAAAAUGUUGUAUUGGAUGUGAAGUUGGGUACUAUGUAAAAUGUGGUGGUGUGCAGCAUGGUGGGAAAGACAAGCAAGUAAGUGGUGUGUAACAGAUCUGGCGGGCCACACCUUGAUUCCAUUCACCAUAAAGUAUUCUCAGUAUGUUUGUCAAUUCUAUUAAAAGAAAUUAUUUAUUUGUUGCAAGAAAAUUGUAUCUCUGGCUUCUGCAAGCUUACUAGUGCCUUUUUUUUUUAAUGAAACAUUUUGUUAAAUGGAGCUCUCAGCUAGUUUUACAGUAGUCUUUAAUGUAAUUGAAUCCAGCAUGUAGAAUAGGUUCUUGUGAAUGUUUAGUCGGCGGAGACCAGCAAAUGUUGAGUGUAUGUUUUGUUGCAGACACAUGGGAGAUACUGUUUACCAUGGAAGCACUUUUCUAGUCCUGGACAGAGUGGCUUUAACAUUGUCGCCUCUUGGUGUGUGUAAGUAUGUCCAAAUGUAUGGUCUGAUUCACUCUGACCUCCCUCACAGCACUGCACACACCCGGGCUCUCAUACGUAUUCACCGUACAUUUAUUGCAUAAAUGUGAAAUGGUAAACUACUGAGAAAAGAAUAAACAAAACAAUGCAGAAAACAAAA